AAUUAUCCAUUUGUCUCUUUGUGACUUCAUAACUCAUAUUGUCAUUACUAACACUACUUAUAAGUUAUUAAAGUUAUUAGUCGUUUUAGUAUUUAGUCGUACCCUAUUGUUAAAUAUAAUUUGUCUUGAACUCAUUGAGUCAAUAUUAUUCAUAUGAUGGCCAAUGGUUGAACAUAUAUUCAUUAUUCACACGAUAUAUUUUCUAUGCGAUCACAGUAACUGUCUUUCACAAUCAUUAUGUGUCCUCAAUAUUCUCAUGAAGGUGCUUUUUUUUUACCCAACACUAUCGAACUAUCGAAUGAUGUUUACGUUAAUUAAUAAUUAUCAAAUCCGAUAACGGGCGAUGUCUUUAACGUGUGAUAGCAAUCAUUAUUUUAUUUAUUAUUUUGUGUAGUUUACUAGUUUAUACUUUAUGUUUGGGAAUACAGUAAUUGUGACUAAACAGUAGUCAAAACCAUUCGACGGUUGCUAAAAUGGUUGAUCAUAUUUUGUUUGUUUCGAUUAAUAAUAAUAAUAGUUAUUAUUAUUGUUAUAAUUUCCGAAUUCCUGUCUUAACCGUUGUACACAAAGUUUGAAAUGGCGUCUGAAGAUUGUAAGAACCUUUUGUACGACCAAGCAUGCUUACAAGUAUGGGCAGACAAUGUGCCAAAUAUUUCAUUGUGGAUGCAAACAAAAGAAUGUUACAAAUGUGAUUUAUUGAAAAAAGAAAACAUAUCCAAUAACAGAGUUACUAAUAUCAGAUUAAAUACAAUUUAUAGUCUUUGGCUUGAUUUGACCAAUGACAGCAGCCAUAAUAAUUGCAGAACAUUUCAAACUUUUGAAGAACAUGGAGUUUAUCAAUGGAAUAUUUCAAACAAUUUCAAUUGUUCCCAAAUCAAACAAAUAUCAACUCCUCAAGACCUAUUUAUGCCAUUUGUCUAUGCAUUAUUGCUCAUAAUACCAUCCUUUGCUGUUUGGUUUUUCAUCAGUUACCUGCAAAGAACUUAUGUAGUGCCAUCUGUGUUCCGAUUUGCAUCAAAGACAGAUUUGGAUAUUGAAAAUACGGCCUCUAGCCGUGAUGUACCAAUAAUUGAUGGUUCUGAUGUCGAAUUAAAAAAUGCGGAUUUUGGAACUGGUUCUAAUGAACCAGUUAUUAUUCAUCCUCAAAUUCCAACACCAGUCAAAAAUAAUAGUUAUCGUAUCACAUCAUUAGACACAUUUAGAGGGAUAUCUAUCAUAUUAAUGGUAUUUGUCAAUCUAGGAGGUGGACAUUAUUGGUUCUUUGAACAUGCUCCGUGGAAUGGUAUCACAUUAGCAGACUUCAUACUGCCUUGGUUUUGUUGGGUUAUGGGUGUAAGCAUUGCCAUAUCAUUGAGAUCUCAACUUCGUUCAAGCACUAAAAGAAAAUAUGUCUUUGGUCGUAUUGUUCGAAGAUCAAUUGCCCUUUUGAUCAUGGGUUUAGUGCUAAAUUCUGUCAACAACAAUAAUUUAAGCACUUUUAGACCAUUAGGCGUAUUACAGAGACUAGCGCUUGUAUAUUUCAUAGCAGCAACAUUGGAAACAAUUUUUAUGAAACCUCAACCCUAUUUUACGAAUACAAGAUUAGACGUAAUCAGAGAUAUUAUUGAAAGUGCCCGACAAUGGAUUAUAGUAAUUAUAUUAGUAGCAAUUCAUACUAGUAUUACUUUCUUUUUACCUAUACCUGGUUGUCCUAAAGGGUAUUUAGGACCAGGGGGGCUCUACAAUGGUUCAUCAAACAUUAAUUGUACUGGUGGCGCUGCUGGAUAUAUUGAUAGGCUAAUAUUUGGUGAAAAUCAUAUGUACUCCGGUACAUCUAAGCCUGUUUAUCAGUCAUUAGCAUUUGACCCUGAAGGUGUUUUGAGUACUUUGACAAAUGCUUUACUUGUAUAUAUGGGUGUACAUGCUGGUCGCAUUAUCUUAUGUUAUCAAUAUACAAAUGAACGAAUUAAACGUUGGAUUGCAUGGACAAUAGUACUUGGUCUAAUUGGAGGUUGUUUGUGUAACUUUUCCAAAGAAGAAGGCUUGAUACCAAUAAAUAAAAAUUUGUUCUCUUUGUCUUAUGCAUGUAUUACUGGAAGUUCGGCAUUCUUAAUAUUUAUUAUCCUGUUCCUAAUUAUUGAACAUUGGAGACUUUGGAGUGGAUCACCAUUUGGUGAGAUUGGCCAAAAUUCGAUUAUGCUAUAUCUUGGACACAAUAUAUUUUACAAUACACUUCCGUGGAGGUGGCAACCAGUGAAUGAGACUUCUCACACAGAGUAUUUAAUUAUGGAUUGUUGGGCAACAAUAUUUUGGUGUGCAAUAGCAUUAGUGAUGCAUAAGAAAAAUAUAUUUAUUGUAGUAUAAUUAAUUAUUGAUAAUUAAGUUUUAAUUUUAUAUCAAUAGCUAAAUUAUUACUUAGAACGACUUAGAAUGUAGCAUUUUUAUUAUUCUCAAAUAAAUGCACUAGAAACCGUCACAACAUAUUAUUUUUCAACUAUAAUAUUAAUGGAUCUAAAUAGAAUUAAAACCCAUUUUUUGUAUUAAAAAUUGUUUUUAAUUUUGCUCAAUGAUCUUUAAUUAUGGAAAGAUAAUCAUAAUUGUUGACUAAGUUUGAAGAAUUAUAAAAAUAGCUAUAUAUCUAAAUAAAACAAAUCGGAGUUCCUGUGUAACUUCCAUAUUUUAAUUAUUGUCAUUAGUUAAAUUUAAAUACAUAAUAAUGUACUUAACUAUUUUAUUUUUGUACCACUAAUUUUCUAAUAUUUAUUGUUAAAAUAAUAAUAUUUUAUACUUAUUGUAAUAAUUUUUCAUUAAAAUGUUAACAUGUUUUAUGUA